GUUACAUGAGAACUUGAACUGACGCGAGUCGGAACCUCUCCUUUUUCCAAGGACCUCUGCUGGGCACUAUCGACGCAUGUCCAAAAACAAAGUAUAGGACAAUCAUACUACUUCCUUUGGGUUCCCUUUUUCAGCCGGCUUGUAAAUGGACAGUACGUCUCUUCUGUACGGGGUGGUAGCAGUGGCGACCUUUUCCGUCAUAUCUCUGUACACCGUUCUCGUCGUAUGGUCACCAGCUCCCAUUAUAACUCGUGAUUCAGAAAAGAAAUACCGGUCCCAUGCUUCACCCACCACACCACGACCUCUCACUCCCUUAGAAGACCCAAGUACAGUCAAAUUAACGGUUGUCAUUCCCGCCUACAACGAAACCGAACGGUUACCUGCGAUGUUGGGUUCUGCGGUUGACCAUCUCAUGUCGUUGAAGAAGAAACGAACAUUUGAGAUUCUUAUUGUCGAUGACGGUUCCUCCGAUGGGACUUCUGCAGCAUCUCUCAAGCUAGCUGGAAAAUACCCUAACUGCGACAUCCGAAUCGUCACUUUGGAGAAGAAUCUCGGAAAAGGCGGGGCGGUGAGGCAUGGAAUGUUGUUUGGUGGUGGGGAGAGGCUUUUGAUGGCUGAUGCGGACGGUGCGAGUCGGUUCGAGGACCUCGAGUCACUUUGGGAAGAGAUGGACAAGAUUGCGCCGGGUGGUGCUCCUGGGGUUGUCGUUGGAAGUAGGGCUCACCUUGUUAAAACGGAAGUGGUGGUGAAGCGGUCACUGUUGCGUAACAUCUUGAUGUAUGGCCUACACACCACCCUGCGCAUCGUCGGUGUCGGUCACAUCCGGGACACCCAGUGUGGGUUCAAGCUCUUUUCUCGGUCGGCUGCUCAACAGAUUUUUCCUGCACAACAUCUUCCGACGUGGAUAUUUGACGUUGAGUUGCUACUUCUCGCCAAACAGCUCGGGAUUCCAGUCGCUGAAGUUUCUAUUGAAUGGCAUGAGGUGGCUGGCAGCAAGCUUAACGUUUUUUCGGCUUCGCUUCAGAUGUUACGGGAUCUGCUUAUUGUGAGGUUUAAUCAUUUGCUGGGGAGGUGGAAGGCUACUCCGGUCAAGAAGAAGGUGGAAUAAGUGUUGGUUGUAUUUAUGAGGCGUACCGAUAAGAAUGAUUGCUCUCGAUAUUUAUACCCCGUCCAAGGAUCUGCACGUUCGUCCGCGGUCAGUAGAUAAGAUAACGCUGAUAUAUAGGACCGAGCCGACGUGAACCUUGGUCACGACCUGUGACCUUGCACCUCAUCAUCUUCUCGAUAUUCACGUUGUAUCCAAUCAAUUUUCUAAUGGAGAAUUGGAGAACGGAGAAUCGAAGUUAACACAUUGCAAAACUGACCGCUCGACGAAGUAUUAUCGCAGUGUUCCUUUCGACCUUCGAUUCAGAUUGCACGAGUGCAGGAAUUUUGGGCGGACAUCUAUCUGCGUGAUAUGAUCCUCGGAUCCUGAAGCUGUUGGAGUGGACAUUGAAUACUGUUCCUGGGCGAGAGGUUUCCUCGGUAUACCCACAAGAGCUUGCCUGUUCAAGGAGAGCCUAAAAUUUACAAGCUCGCACUUUCAGCCAAAUCCGAAGAACAAAGUACUGUCGGCAUUCCCUGUUGCCGAUAUACAAGUUAGUCAAGAGAGGUCGAGUGGCACAAGGGAAGCCAAUAUCGACCUCCAAGGUACGGACACGCCAUAAUGUUGUUGACCUACGGGAAAUGGACUCCAAGAGUUCAUCAGGCAUCCGGCGGCCGCUAAUAAGGUUUUAAAUAUGGCGGGAGUUACUCUACGGCACGAGUCCGACUUCAAGAUUCAAGAAAUCUUUUCUGCUUUGAACCUACUCGUUUGGUCUCUAUUUGCGUUGAGGAACGGUUUAUUCCCGG